CCUUGUAAACAUUGACCUCCGUCGAAAUUAAUUCAUAAAAAUUAAAAAACCCCGUUUUUAUUAAAAGUUUUGCAAAAGUGGUUCAAUUCUUAUCACAACUCUGCUCAAUAAUUGUACGCAACGUUUUCUGUGUAUCAAUUGUCAAGAAAAAGUGCAGUUUAAUGUGUGAUAACUUUGAAGAAGAAAUAGGAUAAAAAUUAUACUAACAGUGUAUAAAACAGUGACUACUAUUGACAAAAGUAUUAAACACAUCAAGAUAGUGAUCAAUAAUAAGCUAUUAUAACGUAAAUCUGUGUUAUUGUGCGAUAGUGAUCUUGCAAAUUCGUUUUUUAUUCAAUUUGAGUCAGUGCUUAAAGCUACGUUUAUUCUGUGAUGUGAUUGGUUAACAAUAAAACACUGAUACCCAAUCAAGUCAGCCACCACUUAUACUCAAAUAUUGGUAUCUAAAAUUUGUCAUCUGCGUAGCGCUUCAGUUGGCGUCGACGUUAAAUCAUACACCGUUAAGUCUUCUAGGUACCAAGUUUGAGACCACGAAGGCAGCUUAUAUUUAUAUUUUUUUUUUCUCAUCUCAUAAUGGAAAAUAAAUUAAAAAAAACCUCGAAAGUUAUUCAAAUAUCAUCGGUGACUUGUUUUAAAUGUAAAUCAACAAGAGCAAAAAGAGAUGCUGUUUUGUGUUCGAGCUGCCAUAAACAUUUUGACUUUGAUUGCUUGGGUUUAUCACAAAAGCUGUACAUGUUGAUGAAACCAGAUAAAAGGAAAACAAUAAUGUGUGACCCGUGUACAUUGCUCUCAAAAUCUACUAAAAGUCCACCUAAGUUAUCCAAUAUACCUGAGACAAGAUAUGUUGCAAACAAGAGAAGAAUAGUUUUUCCUCCAGAAAAAACUAUUAAUACCCCAACAACAUCCAUUAAACUUCUAUCCCCUUGCAGUGAAUCCAUCGAAGGCGAUACAUUUUCUUCAAACGAAGAGGAGAUAUUUUAUAGAUCAUCGGAAUAAAUAUUAUCUAGAAGUGAGGACUUUACAACUCAAGCUGGCGACUUAAAUUAUACAAAAGAACUAGAAGAGAUACUCACCGAAAUUAGUGCUAACUUACUAAGUACAGAAAAUGAACUCGAAAAUACCAUAAUAGAAAAUAAUGAGCUAAAAAGACAGAUUAUUAGAUUGAAUAAGGAAAUUAAUUUGCUAAAAAAUGUUUGCCUGUUUACCUUCCACUAAGAAAAAUAAAAAGGAAAGUUGUCUGGAUGCUUAUGAUAUUUGCCCGGGUUCCAUGUUACCCCCUAAGGAAGCCGAAAGAAGUGUAAAUUCAACUAAUAAAUUAAUGCCAAAUAACGAAAAUCAACCUAAGAAGAUAGCCCCAGAAUCACAUACAAAUACUAUUUACAGAAAAAACAAGUUACUUUUAUUAAGCAAUAGUAGGAAAAGAGGUAUUUUAAACUUAAUAGAAAGUACUGACAUCCCUACCCGUUUCAACUUCUUUCAUCACUCAAGCCCCAGUGGUGGUAUAUACCAAUUGUUAGAAAAUAUAGAACAAAAAACAUGUAACUUUACGACUGCAGAUAAUGUGGUAAUAUUAAUUGGUGAAACCGAUUUUGAAAAGUCAAACGAUUACUUGAACCUGGUUUCAUAUAUUCGAAAUAAGCUACCUAAGAUAAAAAAUACAAAUGUCAUACUAUGUUCACCAACUUAUAUCUGUGGAUCUAUGUUGUUUAACGGUAGGGUUGAGACUUUCAAUGUGUUGCUAUGGUUUGAUGUAAGUAAUCAUAAUAAUGCUUGUUUUGUAGACUCUAACUGUAAUUUGAAUUUUGACAUGUUUUCACCAUAUACUGGCAAACUUAAUAAGACUGGUCUUAAAUGUAUUAUAAAUGAUAUGUUAAAUUACAUAAAAAUAGUUCCUCCGGAAAAUGUAACGAGCCUGGUUAAAUCGGACAAAACGUUUUUUCUCUAAGAAUUUUAUAGUUUUAAGUCAGAAUAUACAGAGCUUAAGGCAUAAACAACAUUUGAUGGACGCAUACUUAGAUAAUAAACCACAUAUUGGUGCUUUGUGUAUAACAGAAACUUGGUCAAGAGCUGAAAAUUUGGACAUUUUGCAAAUAAAUGGUUUUUAAAUUAGCCUCAUACUUUUGUCGUAAAAAUUAUAAAGGGGGAAGUGUGUGUAUAAUGUUAAGAGGCGCCAUUGAAUUUAGCGAACAGAGGGAUAUUAGAAGUAUGUCUAUAGAAUAUGUAUUUGAAAUAUGCGCUGUUAUAAUCACAAGCUUGACAAAAUUUACUUCUAGUUGAACUAAAAAAUAUUAAGUGGGAUGAGAUAAUAAAAGAGAGCCAUAACGUGAAUCAAAAUUACAAUUCUUUUCAUACAACGUUAAGAAGUGUAUUAGAGUUAUACCUAGGAAACAAAUAAAAAUUAAAGGAAGAUCCUUUAAAGGCUGGCUUACCAGUCGAAUAAAACGUUCGUGUAGACAUAAGCGGACAU